AUAAAAAGAAUCACGUGGUUGGCGGGAUUACAUAGCUCCGUUACGGGGGGUGUAUUAGUGUGUACAAGAUUUGUACAUGUCAUUCACUAUAAAUAGAAGUAUUGAGACGAUAACGACAAUUUUAAUCCGCCAUUUAGACUGCAGAGAGCUGUCAGGAAGGAGGUUAUCACACAGGUGUUGACGUCACCUCUAGUUCAACAUUAAGCGUUGUGGUUCUCCCUUGAUCUACUCUUCCCCAGCCAAGAUGCCCCCUGUGGGCGCAGGUGGCCUCAAGGCAGAGGUCAUGGACCAGGUGGCCAAAAACAAGGUCAUGAUCUUCAGCAAGACCACAUGUCCCUUCUGUUUCAAGGUGAAAGAAAUGUUCAAAUCCAUCGACCAGGAAUAUGGGGUGACAGAGUUAGAUAAGAUAGCUAACGGAUCAGACAUACAGAACACACUGCUAGAAGUUACCGGACAAAAAACAGUGCCAAACGUAUUUAUCAACGGAAAACACCUCGGUGGUUGUGAUGACACACUGAAGGCACAUAAGAACGGAAGCCUCCAAGCCAUGCUGCAAGACGCGACAAACUACGACUACGAUCUGAUUGUGAUAGGUGGGGGCUCCGGAGGUUUGGCUGCAUCCAAGGAGGCUGCAUCUCUCGGAAAGAAAGUUGCUGUGUUUGACUUUGUACAGCCUACACCGGUAGGGACAACAUGGGGUCUUGGUGGCACCUGUGUCAACGUCGGCUGUAUACCCAAAAAGCUGAUGCACCAGGCUGCUAUUCUAGGGCAUAGUUUGGAAGAUGCAAAACACUUUGGAUGGAAGGUGCCAGAAGAUGUUCAACACAAUUGGGACACAAUGAAAAAUGCAAUUCAGGAUCACAUAGGCUCUCUUAAUUGGGGAUAUAGGGUUCAACUUCGUGAUAAAAAAGUUGACUACCAGAAUGCAUAUGCAGAGUUUAUUGAUGACCACACAGUCAAGGCUGUCAAUAAGAAGGGCAAGGAGGUGACAAAGACAGCGAGAGAUUUUAUCGUAGCUGUGGGGGAAAGACCACGCUACCCUGAUAUACCAGGGGCCAAGGAAUACGGCAUCACUAGUGAUGACCUGUUUUCCUUGCCAUACUGCCCUGGUAAAACUCUGCUGAUUGGAGCAUCCUACGUGUCGCUCGAAUGUGGAGGCUUCCUCCACGGAAUCGGACUGAAUGUCACGGUGAUGGUGCGGUCUAUUCUGCUGCGAGGGUUCGAUCAACAGAUGGCCGACAAGAUCGGGGAAUACAUGGAAGCUAAGGGCAUCAACUUUAUCAGGCAAUGUGUCCCGACCAAGAUAGAGAAACUGGAGGACGGCCAGCCCGGGAAGUACAAGGUGUACGGAAAAUACAGUGACGGGACUGAGUAUAGCGACACUUUCAACACUGUGAUAUUUGCCAUUGGCAGAGAUCCUGUCACAAAAACUAUAGGACUGGACAAAGUGGGUGUCAAGCUCAACAAAAGUGGUAAAGUUGUUGCCAACGAAAGUGAGGCCACCAACGUGUCCAACAUCUAUGCAAUCGGUGACAUACUCGAGGGCAAGCUGGAGCUCACACCAGUAGCCAUACAGGCAGGCAAGCUGCUCGCCCGCCGACUUUAUGACAAUAGCAAAGUGCUGACGGACUAUGUCAACGUAGCUACAACAGUCUUCACACCUCUAGAGUAUGGCGCCAUUGGAUACUCAGAAGAGGCUGCAAUAGAGAAGUUUGGCGAAGAUAACGUAGAGGUAUACCACACUAACUAUUGGCCAUUGGAGUGGACAGUGGCCAAGAGGGAAGAAAAUGUUUGCUACGCUAAAAUUAUCUGUCACAUUCCAGACAAGGAACGAGUGGUGGGGUUCCAUAUAUGUGGACCAAAUGCAGGGGAGAUAACUCAGGGCUACGCACUGGGAAUGAAACUCGGUGCGACAAAGAAAGACUUUGAUGACACUAUCGGGAUACAUCCCACCUGUUCAGAACAAUUUACGACCUUAAAUGUGACGAAGAGGAGUGGGAAGAUGGUGAACCAAUCUGGUUGCUGAGGUUAGACCCUGCUGCUGUCCACCUAGACAUUAGACCCAGAACAUCUCCGUAAACUCACGUCAAACUUUGAUUCCAUUGGAGAGAGCUGCCCUCUACCUGUUUAUACUUUUGAGGGUUACAAAAACAUGCAUUAAUUAAGGAGAAAAUGUGUUUAUACAAAACAGUUACUCAAAUGAAUUCGAAUCUUGUGCCAUUUCUGAACAGGUAUCAUGACUUUUUGUUAAGAUUCCUGUAAUACUUUUAUUAGGUGUCGCCAGAAACAACAUAUGGAUAAGAAUUUUAUCACAAUUGUUAUCAAGUUUGAUGGACAAGUCAUAUUUUCAGUCAUAAAGUGCAAACCAAUCACAAGCAAAGACAUUAGAAGGUAGAUGUCUGCUUAAAGCUAUCCUCUGGAUUUUGAAGAAAUGACGUUUUGUUGAUUAUUUUGAUAUGACUUGGAUAUUUAUGUUUUGCUGAGUUCUGUGGACCAUUUUGACGUGACUGAGAUAUUUGGGUCGUGUUUAGACAGCAGCGGGGUUUUGUCUGGAGCAGUACUGUCCUGUAGUGUACUUGUGUGGUACAUGGAUGACGGACAAGUCCACAAUCCCGACUCGGGACGGACUUGACCUGAAAAUACUGGUCAGUGCAGCUCAAACCAUUUGUACUAGAGAUUCAUUGACCGUCAUGAUCAUGGCCUGGUUUAAUGACCGCUAUGAAAGAAAUUAGCUACCAAUUUUUUACUAUUGAAAAAAUUUCUUAUUUUUGAAUAUUAUUGUAUAAACUGACAAGGGAAAUUUGUAUGAGAAGAAUACAUGAAUUUAAAAAUUAUUAGAAAUUGAUGUGAACAUUUUUAGUUUAGUCAUAUUAAUUUUCUUACUCCUUCAUUUUGCCUUGAUGAUGAAGUCAGCAUUAUACUACUUGUACAUUAAGUUUUGUUUAAGUUUUCAUUUUCAUUUUUUUACAACCUAUAAGAUUUGUUUCAUCAAUUUAUCCUAUUGGACUUGAAAAUGUUCUGUUUGUUCAAUGACUAGAACUGUUUCUUGAAUUUAUUGAACUAUAAAUUUGUGUGCUUUCUGUAUUAUGAACAUAUUUUGUCACAUCAUAAAGGGGUUCAGGUUAAUACUAGGUUUUUAUGCAGAAGAUUUCAAACAGCUUCCUUUUUUAUAGGAUUUUUUUUAAUAAAGUUUCAGCAGGGUGAUUCGGGUAAUUUUUCCAUAAUUUGAAUAGCCAUCAUUUACAUUGCUAUUUUAAUGUAGCUAUUACAACAGGCUUAUAAAUUGAUUGUAUAAAUAAAGUACAAAAUAAAAAGCAUCCUGUAGUGUUGAGAUUUUAAAGCCUUUCAAAAUACAAUAAAAUUGUUAGUACAUUGUAAUAUCGUACUGUUAUGUCUAAAUAUGUUUUUGAUGCAUUCCAACAAGAAACACAUUUCAGUAAUGUUAUCGUAGAUCAGUGGGAACAAUCUUUAAAAUGAAGUACAUGUAUACACGUUUGUAGAUAUUGCUUUGAAGUGCUAUUUUAUCAAUUAAGUGCAAGUAUUUAAUUAUUUUCUACAAAUUAUAAAAAGAAAAUCACUAAUGCCUAAUUAUGUAAUAUGUGGGAAACAUCAAUAACCUUUUUGUACUUUCUUUUUUAACCCAUUCACCCCUGAAGACACAUUUGAACCCUUCCAAUUCAAAGGUUGGAAUAGUUCAUUUUGAAAUUUCUGGGGUGAAUGAGUUUAAUAUAAAAUAUGUAAUUUUGAAGAAAAUAAUGAAAAUCCUAAUGUGUUGGGAUUGAUGGAAUACCUGUCGGUGUCAUUGACAGUAAUCCCACCUUAAUUAUCCUACAGUAUCCUUUUGUACCUAUUUUGGCUUUUCCGUUUUACCACACCGUUGGUUGUGAAUAUACUGUACCUGCAUUGUUUUCACUAAGUUAAUAAAAACUUUGUAAUACAUCA